CCAUAGAUUUUCAGUGCUGGCAGUGAAUUUUGAAACACAGCCAAAAUAAGAAAAUCAUAAAAAACACAUGAGUUUCGCAUAGAGAAAUUUAGCCUGAAACAUUUCACGUCGAUGCAACUUUGUCCAAUCAUUAAUAUGAUUUAAAAAUGUAUCCAGUGCCAUCAGUACAACGGAGGCCUAAUGUCCCAAGAGAAGCUGAGAAACGCGCUAAAAUGUGGAAACAAAAUUUAAUGCGCGAAAUCGAGCUCGGUACUUUAAAUACAAAACGUUAUCGGACAUUAUGGCGAGAGAUGAUGACGAGGAUCAAAAUGCCGCAAAUCGUCGAAGAUGUAAAAAUUGCGUGGCACAAUUUCGAUCGAGCUCUCGAUAUUAAAGACUACAGAAUAAGCUUUUUAAUGGACGAAUUGACCGAAGCCGAAGAACAACAUCAAAGAACUACAAAAGCAAAUGCUGAAAUUAUAGAUCGAUUUUUGAUAUCGUAUAAAGAAAGAAUACAGAACAAAGAAAGAAGUUAUCGAAGGACCUUAGACGAAAUACUUAUUCAAACGGACAUAGGAGUUGGCAAAAUUUAUUAUCAGCAAAAUGAAGUCUUGUUACAAUCAAUCACUCACGGCGUUCACAAACAAUUAGAAGAAUUUUCGAACAAUAUUAAAAGCAUCGCCUUAAGUAUAGCGUUAUUAACGAUAAUUGUAUUCUUGGAAGGUAAGAUUGAUGCAUUCGUGGAAGACAGUAAGGAUAUACGCAGAAUUUCUGUGACACAACUUGAAAAUCAGUUGCAAAAAUCCUGGGAAAAUCUUCGACGAAUUCUAUCGGAUUAUCAAAAUGAAACAAAGGAUCGCAGAAAAUCUUACGAGACGCUUAAAAAUAAGGACGAGAAAGACCAACAAGUAAUAGCACAACAAUUAUUAUAUACAACGAGUCUUUUCGAGGAUAUACAAAAGUUUCAAGAUAAAACAACGACAUAUGAUUCUAUGGCCAAGAAAAAAAUUUCUGAAAUUCUGACGGAAUACGACUUCUUCCAGAAAGCUUCUAGUAUUUUUAAAAAUCGUCUUCUCUCAGUUGCACGGAAGAAAUUUUCAUACAACAAUAAUAUUACCAUAUGUAAAAUAAUUUUAGAACAGACGAAAGAUAAGAAUCAAUUGAAGAUAUUGUCAAUCAAAUGUAACAAGAUGAUAAAACAUUUAGAAUUUCUUGUAAUUAAAGGCAAACGAUUGCUCACACUGAUACAAAUCUGUCGUAAAUAUGAAAUACAAAACGAGAAAAUAAUUCCGUUGGUUAAUCAUACGGAAAGCUCACAAAUGCUCUCGUAUCAAAUCGUCGCCCUAUCAGACUGCAAUGUGUCCCGUCAGGUAUAUACACGAAUAUGUAAUAGAGUUCUUGAAUUUUUAAAAGAAAGCCUUUCCAUAAGGAAUUUACGACAGAUUAUAGAUUUUCAAGAUAUGACAAAUUUUUGGCGGCAAUUUAGUAUUGUGCAAAUGACUACCAUGCAAUUGCGAUCGAAGAGGGAUAAAUUGAAAGCUGAGGCGAGACACUUGCGCGAACGUAUCAGUUUUUACAUUAUGCAGAAAGAGUAAGUGAAAAAAAUAAAAAAAGGUAUAAAUAAUUUAGUAACUAUUGCCUCAAUAACAAGUGAAUUAUGCCACAAUUUGUUUUAAUAUAGGUAAUAUAAGCUGAUUCGUAACCUAUUUUACAUUAUGUUGGAUAAUCAACAAUCAUGCUGGUAUUUUUUAUUAUAUUUAAAAUUUUACAUGACUAGAAAGAAACAGUAUUUGUUCUAGAUACAAACGCAAGAUUUUAGCAUUUUUUAGUUUACUUACUCUUAUCGGUAUUAUACACGAUAAAGUUUAAAGUUACUAGUUUGUAUAAAAUGUAACACUAUACCAAUAAAAAUAAUUUAACGCUAAUAUUAAAUUUUAUAGUUCAAGCCUACAUGUGGAAUUAUAAUUUCAGUUUAUUAAUACUAUCUUUAAUCAUUAACGCUGAUAUAAAAUAUAAACAUCGUUUAAUCUAAAUCAUUGUAAAGUGAAGCAUGUAAUAAACAAAAUAAACAAUAUACAUGUUACAUAAUUUAUACACAUUUGAUAAGUGAAAAAACAAUGCAAUACAAUGAUUUUGUCACGUUAACGAGUCGAUUGGCCAUCUUGAACUUAUCGAUAAUAGUCUUGUAUUUAUUAUGCACUUUAAACUGCAACUGCGAUAGAAUUUUCACACAA